GCAGCAGCGCAGCAGCAGUUAACGGUGCAUGUGAAAAAAGUCCCCUCACAAACGUCGUGAAAAUCGAAAUCGAUAAUUGCUAGAGGUAAUGUAACGCCAUUUUUUCGGAGCUCGAACAGAAAAACCAAAUCGUAGAGUGACCCGAUUGCAGUAGACAAAGCCCCAAGAUGCAGCCGCCGCCGCGUAAGGGAAACUAUGUGAAAUUCCUCAAGAAUUUGCACACGGAGCAGGUGGCCAAGCUGCAGCUGAAGAACCAGCAUGAGUGCGACCUGUUGGAGGACAUACGCCAGUUUACCAUCAAGCGCUCGGCUGUCGAGAAGUCGUACAGUGAGUCGCUGCUCAAGAUCUCAUCGCAGUAUCUCAACAAGAAGAUACCCAAUAUACCAGAUAUUAAGAUGGAUGGCAUGGAGGAGCGCUGGAACAUGUGGAGUGUUUGGCGCACGGUUCUCGAGGAGAACGAAAAGUUAGCCCGUGCCCGUUUGGCCGCCAUAGAGGUGUUCCAACAACAGAUUGCAGACGAAGCCAAAGUUCUGCGGGACUAUAAGUUGGCCAUAGCAAAGCGCUCGCUAUCCGGAAUUGUCAACGUUCAGAAGGAACUUCAUUUGAGUGUGGGCGAUGUGGACAAGACCAAGAAAUCAUACUUUGACGAGGAGCACUGUGCCCAUGAUGUUCGGGAUAAGGCCCGCGAUAUCGAGGAGAAGCUUAAGAAGAAGAAGGGCUCCUUCUUUCAAUCGAUCACUUCGCUGCAGAAGAACAGCGCCCGAGUGACGUCCCGCAAGGAGUUGCUCGAGGAGAAGUCAUCCGGCGCUCGGAAUGACUACGUACUCAGCUUGGCAGCGGCCAACGCCCAUCAGAAUCGGUACUUCACAGUCGAUCUGCAGACCACGAUGACCACCAUGGAGAACUAUGUGUUUGAGCGGGUCGCCGAGUACCUGAUGCUAAUGGGCCGCACCGAGCUGCUGACUUGCUCGGCCACUCAGAAUAGCUUCGGGAAGAUCCGUGACCAGGCGCAGCAGUUGACCCGGGAGUACAACCUGCAGUGCUGCUACCUGUUCUAUCCGGUGCUCAAGCAGCACAUCCAGUACGACUUCGAGGCGUGCGACAAUGAUCCGGUGCGCAAGGUGACCGCGGAGCACGAAUCCGCGGCCGAGACGCUGACCAAGGAGGCCAAAAAUCUGGCUGGUCGGGUGGUCAAGGAGAACGCUUCGAUCCGGGAGAAUGCCAAGAAGUUGGCCCUGUGCCAGUCUCUUAGGGAUUCCGGGCAGCGCUCCGAUCCCAACGAUCCAAAUGGACCGGAUCUCGAUACAAAGAUCGAGGAGUUCCGCGAUCAGAUCCGUCGCUCGGAGACGGAGAAGACCAAGGCGGAGGCUUGUUUGCAGUGUCUGCGGGACGGUGGCAUCAACGUGGACGAGUGGGUGCAGGAGGCCGAGAUUAUGGGAGUGCAGGAGCUGACGCGCUCGGCCAGCUCCAUUUCGAUGCGCACGGAUGCCUCCGGCCAGGGCGAGAACCCCAGCUCGGAUUCCUUCUACGACAGCGACAAGGAGGAGACCCAGGCCCAGGCCGCGGCCCAGACGAAGCCCAAGACGGAGCAGCAACUGUCCAGGGAUCGCACCUUCAGCGACAGCGACGAUGAGCCCGAGGUGCGUCCCUCGGCGGCGGCAGCUUCCUCUUCAGCAGCGGCUGCAUCCUCGUCCAUGAUGGCCAGCGGUGGCGCCGGUGCCUGGGAUGACCCCACUGAGGUCAACUGGGGAGCCGCCGACGAGGAGGAGGACAAGGACGAACCGAUCGUUCCGGAGCCCAAGGAGGCUAUCUUUAAGUGCACUGCGCUCUACAGUUAUACGGCCCAGAAUCCCGAUGAGCUCAGUAUCGUCGAGAACGAACAACUCGAGGUGGUUGGCGAGGGCGACGGCGAUGGGUGGCUGAGGGCCCGCAACUAUCGCGGCGAGGAGGGCUACGUGCCACACAACUAUCUGGACAUCGACCAGGAGACAGCGGGCGGCGCCUUUAAUGGUACAUCCGGCAAUCAAUUGCGCUCUCAAAUCUCAUUCUCAUCUGUCGAUUAUACCGUUGACAAUGAAGAUCAGACGGUGGACUCGAUGCAAUCGCCCGACCAGGUGUCGGUCAUCAUGGCGCCCCAGAAGCGGGUCAAAUCGGACGUGGAGUGGUGCAUCGCGCUGUACGACUACGACGCCACCGCCGAGGAUGAGCUGACCUUCGAGGAGGGCGACAAGAUCAAGAUUAUCACCAAAACGGCCCACGGGGUGGACGACGGUUGGUGGGAGGGCGAGCUGGAUGGCAAGUUCGGCAACUUCCCCUCGCUGGUCGUCGAGGAGUGCGACGAGUUGGGCGAACCGCUCAGCGAGGGCGGCGACGAAUCACCCCCGCCCACCGCAGCGCCCAGCUUUGCCCUGCCCCCCGCACCGGCCCUACCCCCAGAGUACGCCCACGAGCUGGAACUGGAGCUCACCGAGGACAUGUUCGGCUCCCAGGACACGGCAGACGAGGAUAGCGGCUACAUACCCAACGGCGCUGCUGCCCCGAGUAUGCCUCCGCCAGUACUCAUCCAAGAGCCUGGCAUGGAGGACGAUCUCAGUGACGAUGGGCAGCCGCCGCCGUCGUUGCCGCCGCCCCAGCUAACGAAACCGGGCGGAUCCGCUCCUGGAUCGGGAAAUAAGGCCGAAAAGGGGGCGGCGGCUGGCGGCGCCAACACGCUGAACUUAGUAGGCGAGGGCGAUGCGAAGGAGCCGAAGGAGCAGGCGUCCAAGGAGCAGCAGCCGGCGAAGCCGGUGGCCAAGAAGCCAGAUAUUGCGCCCAAGCCGCUGGCCAAGGUGGCGCCUCAGGCCGCAGCGGCGGCGGCCAAAGAAGAGGACCAGCAGUCCUUCUCGGAGAAGGACUCGGACUCGGCCUCGGUGGCCGAUGUGCCGGCCCUGCAGGAUGCGGAGGAUCCGUUCAACGAGAAGGCCAAGGGCGAGUCGGGAUUCGAGGCGAACUUUGAGGCGAACUUCGAUGCCAACUUCGAUGACGCCUUCGCCGGAAGCGGAGGAUCCGGCGGCGGCGGCGGAGGUGGGGGCGGAGGCGGUGGGGGUCAGGCCAACGAGUUGGACAUCAAUGGAGAGGCAGCAGGAGAAUCGGCUGGAUCGGCGGCCGGCGAGGAGGAUAUUGAGGCACCCAAACAGGUGGUCGGUGGGCGAGCUAGCAUACCCGAGGAAUUGGACUCAAAUCAAUUGGCACGUUUGCAAAAUCUGAAGGAGUCGAACGCUUAGAUUCGCCGCUCCGGUCUCUUCCUCUUGGUCGGCACUUCAAUGUUGUUUCUUUUGUUCUUUUAGGCACACGACCAUGAGCAUGAUAUAUACUAUAAAGACUAUAGCCACGGACAGUUAUAGAGCGGAUCAGCGGAACACCACACCAAACCCCACAACACUUGAAAGCAUUUCGAUCUCACACCCAUCCCACAACCUAUCCAACAAAUCCAAACACACAGAUGAUACAGCCUGACUCAGACGGACUAGCCACUUAUCGAUCGAUCGGGUGGCGGAAAUAGAUUGUAGAAAGCUCUAUUAAUUGAAAAUCCAAUCCCCAUAAAUAGUUUAUUUUGGCUGCCCGAUUCCACAUACAACGACACAAUAGCAGGAUAUAUAUUAUAUAUGUACUUAAAUCUGAGGUCGGGAUCCCUCUACCUCUCAAACUCCCUCUUCACUUGUAGCGCUCAAAUUGUGUACAUCCAUUUGAAUACUUCUUCUGACUGCCUCUGGGGUUAUAGUUAGACAUCAACUGGGCCUUCAUAAACAAAACCACCAUACGAUAUAUUACUAUAUAUAAAUAUAAACAUAAUUAUGUUAGUUUGUAAUGUGUUAAACCCUCAGAAAUGUCUGAACAACAUUGAUAUAUUAUAAAUGGAAUAUUGUAACGUUUUGAAAGACAAUUACUUAUGUAGCACUCAGACACGGGUCUUCGUAUAUCGAAUAUCAGCAUCCACAAAACUAAUCGAGCAAUAAUAUGUAUAUAUAUCUAAGUGAAUUAGAGAAUCCUUAAGUUAGCCAUUCGCUUGAAUAUGCCGCCAACAAAAGCCAAUCAACUUUAAAGUCAAUUCAGUUGGUUUUGUUUUUCGCUUCUGUUCGCUCCACUUAGACCUAGGAUCUCUGCACAUUAUAGUGAAUUAAUCGAAGCCGACAAGGAAUGUAUUGUACUCGAAUCGCAUGAGCGGAUCCGGCGGAUAUAUAUUGUUGUAAUUGUAUGCAAAACUCUAGCCUAAUUAGUUAAAUGUUUUCGUGUCUAGUUAAAUGGUCUAAGUUAAUGUUGGAUGCCAGAACGAAGAUAUUUGCAAUUAGUAAAACGUAAAAAGCCUACUCAAUGCGAGACUUUGUUUGCGAUACUCGAAUAUUAAAGUUCAUAACUCACCAAUUGGAUAACUUCAUAUUCACGUAACCGAUAUUACCGAACAUAGAUAACAAUGAUAAAACGAUAAAAACCAAAUAUAAGUAAGCCGCAAACUGAAUUGUAUGUACUUUUUGAGCCCCGCCCAGUGAGUUAAUCAAAGUUUUAUGUCAUAGUUUUGAAAAACCUUCUGUUCGAACAACUAACAAAUAAAAUUUCCACUUUAAAGCAAGAAAAA